GAUGAGCAAGAGUGAAACCCUCUCUGUCAAAAGAUAUAGGUCCAAGAAGGCCCAGAAGAAGCCUCAAGCCCCGAAUGUCUAUGAGUUUAUGAAGUAUAUCCAGAAGAAGAUCUAUGUCCACCCCUUCAAGACAAAAAGAAAACUUAAGAAUUGCAUCCUAGAUCCCAAGAGGCACAAAAACGGGAAAGUAAUCAACGCCUUCCUGAAAAUCCUGAUCUCUGAGAUCGAUCCCUCUGGAAAUUUCGAUAUCAUGAAGAGUGAUUUUAUGAACCAGGCCAUGAUGAUCUACACCAACAGAAAGAACGAAAUUGACACUUUAGCCAGAACUUUCCAUAAUUUAAAUGGAGUCGAUUGGAAUGGAAAGAAUUAUCCAAAAAAAUAAGAUGAGCCCUAAACCUCUAAAGAAGUUCAGCGGAGGCAUGGGCAAUAUUAACGGGUAUUCAAAGAUGAACUCGAAAAGCCGAGAGGCUAACUCUAGAUUUAAAUUUACUUCCAUGAGUAUUAAGACUAAGGGAAUCAUCCCUGCAAAUAUUAGUAAUGUUAAUAGAAGUAUAAAUAAGAAUCUUCAUGCUACGACUAGCCAUAAUGCUUCUUAUACUAACUCUCAUAAGUAUAAGAACUACAGAAAAGGAAACAGGUUUAAGAAGAAUAGAAGCUCUCACAACUAUGAUUUGGCUAAAAGUCUGCAAAGAUCCAAGUUAGGUUCAAGCUACCAAAACAAUGAGAGCUCUUAUGACCAGAGCAUAGAUUCAUCUAACAACAGGUCAAUGAAAAGUCAGAGUAUCAACCUCCAGGACCUAAGUAAUGAUGGAUUUGGGAAAUCAAGGUCUAUUGACCAUGACAAAACUAAUACCAGAGAAUUUUCAACUAGAAACAUCAACCAGCAAUAUAAGCCUUUCAGUCCUGCUAAAGGCCCCUCUGCCUCAGUCAAUAUGAAGGCAGAUAAGAUAAGUUCUUUCGGUAUCAGUCAGAUGCUCCUAGACGACCUCAAAUCCAAUAAAGAUGAUGAGAAUGAACUUAGCGCAAAGAAAAAAACUAUCGAGAAGAACAUGCCGAAAAAUAUCAUUACACAGCCCAUGACGAAAAGAAAAAGAAAGAAGAGCUCAUGCAGCGUUGCAAGUAAUGAUGUAUACAGAAAUGAGGACAGCAGACAUUUUAGUCACCAGCAAAAUAAGCCGAUUUAUAUUGCUAAUCUUCUCAGUGGGGGUGAUCCUGUUAGCUCAAGAUUAGUUGAAGAAGAAAAGGUCUGCACAAGUCUUGAAGAGGCAAAGUCUCCUUCACCUACUAAGCCAGGAGCUGUUGGAGUACCAAAGAAAAUUCAGAAAUCUCCUAGCGAAACUCAUGAAAGAAACAUCAACAGUAUUUUCUCACAUGUACCACACGGGGGUGCUCUUGAAAGACUUAACAAUGAGGAGAGACUGAACUUUCUCUCCGAAGCAAACCUCUCUAAAAUAGAUAGCUCAGCCAACUGAAGACAAGAGAAGAGUGUUGACCUUGAUUUUAGAUCAGGAGCUAUGCUUGACAGAAACUCAGCUGAUUUCAUCACGAACAGGGUGAUUCAUAACAAUCAGUUAUCCAAAUACCUCACUAAAUUUAUUGGUAAUAAGGAUUACAGGACUACUGAAGAAAGAGAGCUUGAUAAAUGUACUUUCAAGCCAAAAUUUGUCAAUAAGAAAAAGUUCAAAAAUGUCAAAGGAAAAGUCUCUGGUGCUAUCAAAGAGAAGGAUCAUAAGAGUAGAGAAAGAGAUAUAGCAUUAUUCUCUGCUAGUGAGAAUAUCAGGGGAGCAAUUCAAUCCUCGCAAUCUGUCUCUAGAGGUCUCAGUGCAGAUGGAAGAUUCAACAACUCAUUAUCUAUGAGUGAUGGAGGAUUUUUAUUUAGAACUGAUGACGAUGAAACUAGCACUAUCAGUGUUCUAAACGAGAUGAGAUCAGUUCCAACCAUUUACUCUAAUAAAAAUGUAGCUGGUCUUGGAGGAAUCCUCCAAUUCGGUUAUUCUCAUAAAUUUCAUGCAGAGAAGCACUAUAAGAACAUCAUCAAACCUACAGUAAAGAGCAUAAAUAAAGCUAAUACAACAUUCUAUGGCUCAUGUGGAAGAGCACUUAGCCUCAGCAUCAAUCAGGCAGAUGCUUCCAAUGUAUUCAAGGCAAAGAUCUUGACACCCAUUAAGUCCAGUAAUGGCUUGAAGACCCAGAGACUCUUCACCAAUAACCUUGCCUCAAAGGCAAAAGAGGUGGCUCAUGCACACGAGAGUCCCAAUAAGGGAGAAUUAACCAACUUCUCAUCUGAAGAACUUGAAAAGAUAAAAAAGAUCCAUGAAAUCCAUUUUAAGGUCAAAAGAGCAUAAAUAUUGAUAAAUAGCAUAACAGUUGUAAUUCCUUCAGUACU